AAGCAUGCUGAUCCCAUUUUCAUUGAAGAAUUGCUUCCAGUUACUCUGUAACCGUAAGGUCCCAGCAGCUGGCUUUAAAGAUACAGUGAAAAAUGGGCUCAUUCUACAGUCAAUUUCAAAUGAUGUUUACCAAAAUCUGGCUGUAGAAGAUUGGAUCCAUGACCAUAUGAAUCUAGAAGGCAAUCCAAUUCUUUUCCUUUGGAGAAAUUCUCCUUCUGUUGUAAUUGGUAGGCAUCAGAAUCCUUGGCAAGAAUGCAACCUGAAUCUGAUGAGAAAAGAAGGUGUAAAGUUGGCGAGAAGAAGAAGUGGAGGAGGGACUGUCUACCACGAUAUGGGUAAUAUCAAUUUGACUUUCUUUACAACGAAGAGCAAGUAUGAUAGGAUGGAAAAUCUGAAGUUAAUUGUGCAAGCUCUGAACACUGUCCAACCCCAGCUGGAUGUGCAGGCUACCAAAAGAUUUGACCUUUUGCUCGAUGGGCAGUUUAAAAUCUCAGGAACUGCUUCUAAGAUUGGCCGGACUACUGCUUAUCACCACUGCACUUUGCUGUGUAACACCGAUGGAGCCUUCUUGUCUUCACUGCUGAACAGUCCUUACCAAGGAAUCAAGAGCAAUGCCACCACUAGCAUACCUUCCUUAGUGAAAAACCUUCUGGAAAAAGAUUCCACUCUGACCUGUGAGGUACUGAUGAGUGCUGUUGCUGCAGAGUAUGCAGCUUAUCAUCGGAUUGAUGGCCACAUUCACCUGGUAGACCCUGAGGAUGAGACACUGUUUCCUGGAAUAAACAGCAAAGCCAAAGACCUGCAAACCUGGGAGUGGGUAUAUGGCAAGACUCCAAAGUUCACUGUAAACACUUCCUUUAAUGUAUUAGAUGGACAGUCAUGUUUGGAAAUUAAAGUACACAUAGACAUAAAGAAUGGAAGAAUUCAAAUCUGUAAUAUUGAAGUGCCUGAGCAUUGGUUGCCACUGGAAGUAUGUGAGAAAUUAAAUUCAUGUUUUAUUGACAGUAAGUUUUGUCCAGUCGAAACUACCAUGCUAACCAGUAUAUUACUUAGAACAUGUCCACAAGACCAUGAACUAUAUAAAAAAUGGUAUAUUCUCUGUGAAAAAAUUAAGGGAAUAAUGUGACCCAAAGUAAAUGUCUUAACAGUGACAGUUUAGAUGAGAAAAUAAAAAUUUUAAGUGUGCAUUGAAUGUC